CGUCCCGCCUCGAAAUACAGCCAAAACAUUCACAAGCAACCAGAGAGAGAGUCCCACACCCAAAACCAACACAUUCACAAAUCUCAUUCUUCAUCUUCUUCUUCUUCUUCUUCUUCUUCUCACAAACUCUUCAAUUUCUCUGAUUUCAAUUCAACAACAACCGCCUCCGAAUUCUCCAUUCACCAUUUCGAUGCUUCUUCAAAACCACCGUUUCUUGACACCGCACAACGAUGACGAGCCUGAAAAACCACUCCACUUUUUUCGGGACUAAGCUUCAUGCUUCUUUCGAAACCAACAGGAACAACCCUUUUCAUUUCCAGAAAAGAAGGUUGCAAAAAAAGGGUCUUUUUUGCAGUUGCAGCACAAAACGUUGUCGUCUGGUAAGCCAAGCGUUACGGUUUUCGCAUUUUUCUGGCCAAAAUGUAGAAUUCUUGAGGAAAGACCAAAUUUUGAGAAGUGGGUCGAGGUUAAAAUGUGCAAAGGAAAAGGAACCCAUUUUUACAAGAGAGGCUUUGGUUAGUUAUUUGACCCCUUUGUGGAAAGAGGGUCUUCUUUUGAUAAGGGCUUCUGUUUACACUGCUGUUUUGUGUGGAGUUUGCAUGUUAGUGUGGUAUGGUCAGAAUAAGGUUAAGGGUUAUGUUGAAACCAAUUUGCUGCCUUCUGCUUGUGAAGCAAUUAGUGAGUAUAUUCAGCGUGACCUUGUGUUUGGUAAGGUUCGACGAGUCUCGCCGUUGAGUAUUACGUUGGAGUCCUGCUCGUUUGGGCCGCAUAAGGAGGAGUUUUCGUGUGGGGAGGUUCCUACGGUUAAGCUUCGUCUUAGGCCUUUCGCGAGUUUGAGGACGGGGAAGUUGGUGAUUGAUGCGGUUUUGUCGAAUCCGAGUGUUUUGGUUGUGCAGAAGAAGGAUUAUACUUGGUUGGGGAUACCGUUCAAUGAAGGCGGCAGAGAGAGGCACUAUUCGACUGAGGAAGGGAUAGAUCAUCGUACUAGAACGCGGAGGCUUGCGCGAGAGGAAGGUGUUGGGCGGUGGGAAAGAGCAAGGGAUGAUGAAGCUCGGGAAGCUGCUGAGGCGGGUUUCUUUGUUUCUGAGCGGAGUUGUUGUCCAUCCGGAGGUGAGGGUUUAAAGGAGGUCGAAAGUUGUUCAGCCGAGUUAACUGAUACCACACCCUUUUUCUGCACGAAUGGUGGGAAGCAUGAUCAUCGGUUUAUGGACACAGGUGUUGAUUAUGAUGUGAAACAUUCCUAUUUGGAAAAAUCAUUUGGAGUGAGAUUUCCUGUUUCUGGACUUCGAUUUUGGUCCAGAGUAAUAUCAGGGCGUAAGAGACACAAAUUUAAGAGGAAAGCUAAUGGGAGUGACAUCUAUGCAUCUGGUGUUGCUAUGAAAAAAAGAAUAUUUGAUCGUAGUGCUUCAGCAGCUCGCACAUACUUUGAUGAUCAAUCAAAUGGAAAGUUUGGAGAGCCUGCAUCACCUUCUCAAUGUUUUCAUUUUAUGAAUCAUGACAUGCAUGUGGUGAAAAGUGAGUUUGACAAAAAUGCAAAUUCUGUUACGGUUGGUGAUGAAAAUAGAAGUGAUGAUAACCAAAUUGCUGCACAAAUUAGAGAUAUGAGAAUCUGGCCCUCCUUGGUAAAUGAAAAUGACAGAGCUCAUUCAGGUUAUGGCAAAUUUGUCUCUGAUCCUACUUUACAGACAAGAGAGAGUGAACUUGAAAAUUUGCAAUCCAGUGAGGAAGUUGCAGAACCUGCCAAUGGUAAUAGUAGUACAGAGAAAAAUGAAGAGUUGGUACCUCCUGUUGAAGACAAUCAUUUUGAGGAUGAAGAUUUUUCUGGGGGCCAACCAGGUUUAACAUCUGAAGAUUUUGAUUUUGUGAAGCCUAAGCCUCGAUUGGCAGCUGAUUUUAAAAUUCCAUUUGAGCCCUUGAUUGAGAAAUUUGGCUUAACCUCCUCUUUAAGAAAUUUUGAGCAGCUGAUAUCUUCCUUUCUUUCUGGUCCCAUUGAAAAGUUGAAGUUGGAUGUGGGUCUGAAAGUUGAAGAUCUUGUAGCAGAACAUGUUGAUGGGGUUGAUUUUGUGCAGUCUGAAGGCAUUAAUAAGAUGCUUCCUGUAACAUUGGAUUCUGUUCAUUUCAGAGGUGCAACGGUGAUGCUACUUGCAUAUGGUGACAGGGAAGUUAGGGAGAUGGAGAAUGUAAAUGGGCAUGUAAAGUUCCAAAAUCACUAUAGUCGCAUACAUGUGCAUCUUAGUGGAAAUUGUAAUACUUGGAGAUCGGAUAUUAUAUCUGAAGAUGGGGGCUGGUUGUCUGCUAAUAUUUUUGUUGAUACUCUUGAGCAGAAUUGGCAUGCUAAUUUAAAAGUUGACAAUCUUUUUGUCCCGCUGUUUGAAAGGAUCUUAGAAAUUCCAAUUACGUGGUCUAAAGGGAGGGCUAGUGGCGAGGUCCACUUGUGCAUGUCAAAGGGGGAAACUUUUCCAAAUUUUCAUGGACAGCUUGAUGUGACAGGGUUGGAUUUUCAACUAUUGGAUGCGCCAUCAUGUUUUUCUAAAAUAUCAGUGAGUUUAUGUUUUCGUGGGCAAAGAAUAUUUUUACACAAUGCAAAUGGCUGGUUUGGCAGUGUUCCUCUUGAAGCAUCAGGAGACUUCGGCAUUAAUCCUGAAGAAGGAGAGUUUCAUCUUAUGUGUCAGGUUCCAGCGGUCGAAGUGAAUGCUUUGAUGAGAACUUUUAAGAUGAGACCGCUCUUAUUUCCGCUAGCUGGAUCAGUAACUGCUCUAUUCAAUUGUCAAGGCCCGCUUGAUGCUCCUGUCUUUGUAGGAACUGGAAUGGUUUCUAGGACGUUCUCUUAUUUACCAAUUGACACCGCUGCAUCUGUAUCAUCUGAAGCAGUUUCUGCAAGUAAGGAGGCUGGUGCGCUGGCAGCAUUUGAUCGCGUUCCAUUUUCUUAUGUAUCUGCCAAUUUCACUUUCAACACUGAUAACUGUGUUGCUGAUUUAUAUGGAAUUAGGGCGUGUCUUGUAGAUGGUGGUGAAAUUCGAGGGGCUGGGAAUGCAUGGAUAUGCCCCGAGGGGGAGGAGGAUGAGACAGCAAUAGACGUGAAUUUAUCUGGAAGUUUGGCCAUCGAUAACAUCUUGCCUCGUUACAUUCCAAGUAAUUUUCAUCAGAUGCCACUCAAGUUAGGGGUAUUAAAUGGAGAAACGAAACUUUCAGGAUCUCUUCUAAAACCAAGGUUUGAUAUAAAGUGGACUGCACCUAUAGCAGAAGGAUCUUUCAAUGAUGCUCGAGGAGAUAUCAUAAUCUCACAUGAUUUUAUUACUGUGAAUUCUUCCUCAGCUGCAUUUGAUCUGUAUACGAGGAUUCAAACAUCUUAUCCUGGUGAUUUCUAUCUUAAAAAUGAAGAGUUUUAUGCACCAAGAGCCAUUCCAUUUACAAUUGAUGGAGUUGAGUUGGAUUUACGUAUGCGUGGGUUUGAAUUCUUCAGUUUGGUUUCUGCGUAUACUAUGGAUUCUCCAAAGCCUUUGCAUUUGAAAGCAACUGGAAGGAUCAAGUUUCAGGGAAAGGUUUUAAAGCCUAGUGGCAGUAUCAGUGAACAAAAUUUUGAGAUGAAUAGGCAGCAUGUGCAAAUGUUGGAGAAAGGAAUCACAGAUAGUCUUGAUGGAGAGAUUUCAAUCUCUGGUCUGAAAUUGAACCAAUUGAUGCUUGCACCCCAGUUGUCUGGGUUGUUGAGAAUUUCUCCUGAGCGUAUCAAGCUGGAUGCUUCGGGUAGGCCUGAUGAAAGUCUUGUAGUGGAGUUUGUUGGGCCACUGCAACCCAGUAAUGAAGAUGGUCUGCAAACUGGAAAACUGUUGUCCAUUUCCCUACAGAAAGGGCAAUUGAGGGCUAACAUUUGUUUUCAACCAUUUCAUUCUGCUAACUUGGAGGUGCGGCAUUUUCCACUUGAUGAAUUGGAGCUUGCUUCUCUUCGGGGGACAAUACAGAGAGCAGAAUUCCAACUUAAUCUUCACAAAAGAAGAGGACAAGGUGUCCUAUCUGUACUUCGGCCAAAAUUCAGUGGUGUGCUUGGUGAAGCCCUAGAUGUUGCAGCUAGGUGGAGUGGAGAUGUUAUCACUAUUGAAAAAACUGUGUUGCAACAAAACUACAGUUGCUAUGAACUUCAAGGUGAAUACAUUUUGCCAGGCACCCGAGAUCGUAAUCCUGUUGAAAAAGAAGGAGGUGGCCUUAUGAAAAGGCUAAUGUCUGGGCAUAUUGGCAGUGCUAUUUCCUCAAUGGGCAGGUGGAGAAUGAAACUUGAAGUUUGUAAAGCCGACGUUGCUGAGAUGCUUCCUCUUGCAAGGCUUCUUUCCAGAAGCAUGGAUCCUGCUGUUCAUUCAAGAUCUAAGGAUUUCUUCGUUCAAAGUUUACACUCAGUGGGAUUAUAUACUGAAAGCCUUCAACAACUGCUUGAGAAAAUGAGAGGGCUUCAUGCUCCAUCAGAUGAUGUUGUUCUUGAAGAUGUAACGCUGCCUGGUUUAUCUGAACUGAAAGGUCACUGGCGUGGAUCUCUUGAUGCUAGCGGUGGAGGAAACGGGGACACCCUGGCAGAAUUUGACUUUCAUGGGGAGGACUGGGAGUGGGGAGACUACAAAACUCAGCGUGUGGUGGCAGUGGGUGCUUACAGUAAUGAUGAUGGGUUGCACCUGGAGAAGAUUUUUAUCCAGAAGGAUAAUGCGACCAUCCAUGCAGAUGGAACAUUGUUAGGACCUAAAACAAACCUCCACUUUGCUGUCUUAAAUUUUCCCAUCAGUCUGGUCCCCACUGUAGUUCAGGUCAUUGAAUCUACCGCAACAGAUAUUGUUCAUUCUCUGCGGCAAUUGUUAGCGCCCAUUAAGGGUAUAUUGCAUAUGGAAGGAGAUCUCAGAGGAAGUUUAGCAAAACCAGAAUGUGAUGUGCAAGUAAGGCUCUUGGAUGGUGCCAUUGGUGGUAUUGAUCUUGGGCGAGCAGAAGUUGUUGCUUCUCUAACCUCAACCAGUCGAUUUCUAUUCAAUGCAAAACUUGAACCUAUAAUCCAAAAUGGCCAUGUACUCAUUCAAGGUAGCAUUCCUGUUGCUUUUGUGCAAAAUAACACCUUACAAGAAGAUGCAGAAUUGGAUACGAGUCGAACUACCUGGGUACCUGAUUGGGUGAAGGAGAAGAAUAGAGGGACUGCUGAUGAUGCAAGUGAUAAAAAAGUUUCUAGAGAUAGAAAUGAAGAAAGUUGGAAUACUCAAUUAGCAGAAAGUCUUAAAGGUUUAAAUUGGCAAAUUUUAGAUGUUGGAGAGGUCAGGAUUGAUGCUGACAUAAAAGAUGGGGGAAUGACAUUGGUAACAGCCUUAUCUCCUCAUGCCAAUUGGCUUCAGGGCAAUGCUGAUGUCAUGCUUGAGGUCAGAGGCACAGUUGAUCAACCGGUACUUAAUGGACACGCAUCUUUCCACCGGGCAUCUAUUUCUUCACCAGUGCUCCGAAAGCCACUAACCAACUUUGGGGGAACUGUUCAUGUGAAAUCAAACAGGUUGUCCAUCACAUCACUAGAAAGUAGGGUAAGCAGAAAAGGAAAGCUCCUUGUGAAAGGGAACCUACCACUCAGAACUAGUGAAGCAGCCCCUGAUGACAAGAUUGAAUUGAAGUGUGAAGUUUUGGAAGUACGGGCCCAAAAGAUAUUAAGUGGUCAGGUUGAUUCUCAGUUGCAAAUAACUGGUUCGAUAUUGCAACCAAACAUAUCUGGGAAUAUCAAACUAAGUCACGGAGAAGCAUAUUUGCCACACGAUCGAGGUGGUGCUCAUGCUUCUAAUAGAUUCCCAUCAAAUCAAUCAGUGCUUCCUGCUGGUGGCAUUAGUAAAAUGUUUGCAUCAAGAUAUGUUUCACGAUUUUUCAGCUCAGAAUCUGCUUCUUCAAGGGCCACAAAUUCUCAAUCCUCUGGCUCUGUUAAUAAUGCAACUCAGGUUGAAAAGCAGACAGAGGAUGUGCAGAUUAAACCAGAUCUAGAAAUCUGCCUUAGUGAUUUGAAGCUUGUGCUUGGACCAGAGUUGAAGAUAGUUUAUCCUUUGAUCCUUAAUUUUGCUGUGAGUGGAGAGCUUGAGUUGAAUGGUCUUGCCCAUCCCAAAUGGAUAAAACCUAGAGGCAUACUGGCAUUUGAAAAUGGUGAAGUUGAUUUAGUUGCAACCCAGGUUCGGUUAAAACGAGAGCAUUUGAAUAUUGCAAAAUUUGAGCCUGAGUAUGGACUAGAUCCAAUGCUAGAUUUGGUUUUGGUUGGAUCUGAGUGGCAAUUUAGAAUUCAAGGUAGAGCUAGCAAUUGGCAGGACAAACUUGUAGUGACCUCAACUCGUUCUGUGGAACAGGAUGCCCUUUCGCCUACUGAGGCUGCCAGAAGAUUUGAGAGUCAGUUGGCUGAAUCCAUUUUGGAAGGCAAUGGGCAACUUGCAUUUGAAAAACUUGCAACUGCAACUCUUGAAAAGUUGAUGCCACGAAUAGAAGGGAAGGGAGAGAUUGGCCACGCAAGGUGGAGAGUCGUGUAUGCACCUCAGAUUCCUAGUUUGGUUUCUGUUGAUCCUACGGCAGAUCCUCUCAAGUCUCUAGCUAGUAAUAUAUCGUUUGGUACAGAAGUUGAAGUCCAGCUUGGGAAACGACUUCAGGCCACAGUCGUGCGGCAAAUGAAGGAAUCCGAGAUGGCAAUGCAGUGGACCUUGAGCUAUCUUCUUACAAGUCGUUUGCGGGUGCUCUUACAAUCUGCUCCAUCCAAACGCAUUCUUUUUGAAUAUUCUGCUACAUCCCAGGAUUGAGUUACAUCCAAACAUUUGCAACUUCAUUUUCCCCCCACCCAGAUUAAAUUGUAUCAUUGUCCCUUUGAGCAAUCUGGUAAAUGCAGCUCAAGUAUAUUCCACUUCAGAUUUACCAAGGGGAAAGGGAUCCUUGAAUGUGUGAAAAUAGUGUAGAUGCGUAUCAUUUUUUGCUCAGAUUGAGCUUGUUAAUAUGUAGAUGCUUCAAUCAUGAAUAGUUGUUCACUAUUAGAAAUUGGGAGGCCUAUACUCAACCACAAAAGCUAGCUCAAGAGUUGAGGUUUGCACAACCCUUAUAAACACUUGAUUGGCCUUAUCUCUAGCCAAUGUGGGACUUCUAACAUUCACCAUUUUUGUUUUGUACAGAAAUUCAAUUUUAAUGAAAGAAAAUUAUAGCAUGUUUAGGUA